UACAACUCUAUGUGCGAAAAAUAUUCCUAGAUCAUUCCUGGAUGCCGGUAUAUAUGAAUGGGACGCAACAAUGGCUAAGAAUGCUGUAUAUAAUUACAUGAAGAUGCAGAAUAGACCUUACAGUGUAAACGAUGUGGUCACAAAUUUGCACAAUGAAUAUGGUAAAGCUGUGGUUCAAAAGACUAUGGAUCAAUUGGUGAAGGAUAACAAGCUGUUCGAAAAGAUUUAUGGCAAACAGAAGAUAUACUGUGUUGUUCAGGAUGCAACAUACGACACUGAUGAGUUAAUGAGAAUUGAUAAAGAAUUACAAACUCAUGCUAAUGAAGUUGAGAAUAGAUAUCAAGAAGUUACAAGAGAGGUGAAAGAACAAGAGACUCUUUUAGCCUCUUUGAAGUCAAGUUUAUCAUUAGAGGAUGCGCAAGAGGAAAAGAACAUUUUACAGCAAAGUAUAAAGCAAUUAACACAUAAACUAGAUAAUUUAAUGGAAACAAAUGGUACUGAGGACUUACACGAGUCUAAACGAAAGGCUGAACAGGAUUUGGAUGAAUAUACUCGAGAAUACUUAAAAGGAAGAGAAUGUGCACUGAGAUAAUAGACUGUAUUUUGGAAAAUUAUCCUCUUAGCAAGGAUGAAUUAUAUGAAGAAGUAGGUAUAGAUUCAGCCAUUGUAAAAUAAAUCAAAGAGUUUUUAAUUUCUUUGAUCUUUUGUAUUUUUAUUAUUAUAGUCUUUUGUGAUUU